UAUUGUAAAUAAAAGGUGUUCUUUUGAUAGUUACGAAUUUUCGCGGCUGAUCUAGGUAGGUACUUGGUUUUUCUUUAGUGAAAAUCGAGCCAUUUUGUGAGUGUUUUGCGCAGUAAAAAUUUCAUAUUUUAUUCAGCAUGUAUCGAUUUAGAAGUGAAAAUUAUAAUAGUUUACAAUCUCACAACAUUAGACUGCACCAGCUUAAGUCCACGAUGUCGAACCCUCCGCGCAAGGUGAUCCACCUGCCGAAGGUGCGCAUGGUGUCACGGGGCGCUCGCUCUGGAACUGGGCUGCGGAUCACCAACGUCAAGUCCAUCAAGCCCCCGGACCCUGACGCCUUGCGGAAGCAAGAGGAGGACAAACUGAGGGCACAGCUCCAGAAAGAAAUCGUUUCCCGCUCGCGCUCAUGCGCAUACAAGCGCUACAAGUGUGCGUUACAAGUGGUCAACGGCAGCGAGUAUUGCGCACGGCACAUUCUGCAAGACCCCAACGCGCCCUACCGCCGCUGUGCGCACGACAAGUGCAGUUUGCCAGCAAGAGCUGAUAAUGCUGAUCAUCAGUUAUGCUUCGAGCACGCACGUGCAGCGCUGAUGUCCCGCCAGCGCGGCGCGGCGCCGCCGCCGCCCGUCACCACCAGCGAAACGCUACUGCACCAGCUGCAGCACUACGUCAAGCCGGAGCGCGUGCGCACCACGUCGUGCGCGUCGUCGGUGUCGGUGGUCAGUGACCCCGCCGACCACGAGCAGAUAUCUCCGCACGCCGUCGAUCCCUUCAAACAAAUCGACGCGACGGCCGUCAACGCGGCGUACUCGUCCAGCAUAAUGGAGUGCGCGAGCGCAAGUGACAGCGACGGCGAGAGCGUGUGUGUGACGUCAGCGGAGGGGGGGGACGAGGGCAGUGACCCCGAGGACGCCGACUGCGAGGAACUGCCGCUCUGGCGGGCGGGCGUGUUCACGGCGGAGGAGGCGGUGUCGGAGGCGGGCGGAGCCCUGCGCUCGCUGCAGGCCGCCUACGUGGGGCAGAUGGCGCGGCUGAGGACGCUGCUGCGGGCCGCGCGCCUGGACUACCUCAAGACGCUCAAGGCGGAGAAAGAGCAGUACUGCAGCAUCUACUCGCAGUCGCUGAGCGGGCCGCUGACGGUGCGCGAGCGCCGCCAGCUGCGCAAGCUGAAGGCGUUCGCCAGCUACCGCCGCAAGCAUGGCGUGGACGCCGUGCUGGCCCGCAAGCUGCACCACAAGAGGCUCAAGGCCACCACCCCGUGCCCGCGGCCGCCGCUGGCGGGGCGCUGCACGUUCGCGGAGGGCGGCGUGCGCUGCCCACAGCCCGCCCUGCCCGCCGCCAAGCACUGCCUCAAGCAUGUGCUGUGCGACACCAACCAGGUGCUGUUCGUGUCGUGCGGCGACGUGCGCGGCGGCGUGCCGUGCCGCGAGCCGGCGCCGCGCCUGCCGCUGCCGCUGCACUGCCGGUACCACGCCGGCCCGCCCGCAUACACCGUGUUCACGCUCAAGAAAGACGGCUCCGACAGCGAUUCAGACUCUGGCUCAAGCUCGGGCUCGGAGGCGGAGCCGGGGCUGGGGGCGAACGCUCCGCCCUCCGUGCGUGCCUGACGCGGGCGCCCCCGCGGCCGCCCGCGCGGUCCCCGGCGCCAGCCCGCCCCGCGCCCGCCCAUACCCAUCUACAGUGACACUGAGUGAUUCUAGUGAUGGUGAUACAUUUGCGAGUCAAAAGUGAUACAUUUACGAGACAAAAGUGAUACAUUUGUGAGACAGAAAUGAUAACUGAAAAUUGGAAUUAUAAAGGCCACAUUAAAGCAAUUCACCUAAAAAAGCAAUAUUGCUAUAUGAGAUUUGUUGACAUUGCGCACUUAUAAGCGUAUAUCUGAAAUUACAAUAUUGUUUGUUAGAUGGAUUGCUUUAAUGCGGCGUUUUUCGACUCCCAGAGGGUCAACAAUGAUACAUUUGUGUGACAAAAGUGAUGAGUGACCCGUGACCAUAAGUGAUACGUGUGUCAUAAGUGAUAAGAAUAGCAGAUCGAAAAUAUAGGAAGCUUUACUGGAGAAAACACAUUUUUGUUUUUCAUAAUAAUACCCAUAAUAUAAUAAUGAUGAUAAUUGGGUAAUUUUCUAGUUCGAAAAUCCAUACUAAAAACCCAUAAUCCAUAUAAUAAAUGCGAAAGUGUGUCUUGUCUGUUUGUCAGUCUUUCACGGCAAAACGGAACGAGGAAUUGACGUCAUUUUUUAAGUGGAGAUAGCUGAAGGGACGGAGAGUGAUAUAGGCUACUUUUUGUCUCUUCAUUUUAGGGUUUGUGGGUUGUUACCCCACUAAAUUACUGCAAAUCUAAAACUAAUACAAAUCAUUUUAUCUUUUCUAUUUAAUUGAUUUAUUCAUUUUAAUUAAGAAAACGCAAGAAUAUAUUCUAUAUCUUUCCUCGUUUAUCUUUGAUAGUAAUUUCUUGAUUCCAUGGUGACGUUUUGUAGAAAGUAAUUCAUGUGACUAAAUGGAAACUACCCAAUUGAAUAUGUGGAAUAAGAUUUUAUUACUCGAAGCAUGUCUAAUAUACAUAAAUCUAAGUAUAAUAGAAUGGAUACAAAAGCCAUGUAUACAACAAAUUAAUAUCAUUAAGGCAUGAAGAUCAAUUCUACAGUGUUUUAAGUAUUAAUUAGUAUUUUUCGUGUUAUAAAAGCAGUAAAUUCGGGCCAUCACAAUAUGGUGUAAAUGGUGCAGAUUCCAAAAUACACCAUCUAAUUUUAACUAAAGUUAUACCUGUCAUUUUCUUAUCCCCCAAAAGGACAGGGAUGGACACAAAAUUUAUGGAACACUCGUCAAUUUUAAGCAGAAAUCGGAAACAACCGUCAAAACAUUUACAUUGGCCAAUAACUCGACAGAGUUAAGUAGACAGCACACAUGUCAAACGGAUUGCAUGACAGCGAGAUACCUUUUUGAUUCGCCCAGGUUUUUCAUUAAUUUACUCAUUCUCCCUAAAAUUAAGAGCUGUCAAUCAUCCGUCCCUUUCCUUUUCGGCGGAUAAGAAAAUGACAGGUAUAACUUAAAAUUAGGAGGUGUCUGCAAGAAUCGUGUGACCGUUUUAAAAAUAGUGCUGUCCUUAACUUACGAUGUGUACAGGGAAGAGAUAGAACUAUUUUUCAAAUUCAAAUUAUUUAUUUCAAUAAUUACCUGACUUCAUUGUCUUGUUGUGUUUUGGAACUGGCAAGUUUGUGUUUUCUAGAAUCGACACUAGAAGUUAAGAAAACAAUUUUAAUUCCCACAAUCGAAUUUGCAUUUAUUUUUAUGUAGCUGAUUGACACCAAAUCUGUAAAUAUUUGAGCUUGAUAAUAGAUGUUUUGUUAGAAA